UACUUUCUUUGUGUUUCCCCGAGUCUCCGAGUGCGGCGCUGCACGGAAAGCCAAUACGGUCCAAUACCCGGCCCACGCUGUGGCCGCACCUCAGCCGUCUCAAAGACCCAGCAUUUUACACUCGCAACAACAACAUCAGCAGCAGCAGCAUCGCCGGUGCAGCAGGUGAGAUGAACAGCAUGGAAGAAAUCCAAAAUAAGAUGAGGGAGGAGGAACAGAAGGAAGAGUCUGAAGAGGAAGAAGAGUCUAGCUCCCUUUCGUUCUCAGCAUCGCAGGACUCUGAAGCACCCCAGUUGUCAGCGGCAACCCUGGGGGCCCUGCUGGAAUUCUACUCGGAGGAGGAGGAGAGGAAGGACAAGCUGAGGGAAGUGAGGGAAGGAAACGUGCCAGAGGUCUUCACCGAGAACUGGAACCUAAGCCAGUUUUGGUACAGUGAGAGCACCUCACAGCACCUUGCGCAAGAGUGCUUGAGGGCGGUGAGUCCCAGUGAUGGUGGUGGUGAUGCUGCAGUUGCCUGUCUGUCCUGUCCAACACUCUAUCGCACCCUCCGUGCCCAGAAACAUCAGUGUAAACUUGCUCUUCUCGAGUACGACACAAGAUUCUCCUGUUUUGGUGACGACUUUUUCUUUUACGACUUCCGCUCGCCGCUCGCUCUUGAUCCCAAGCUCCGUUGUGGCUUUGACCUGGUAGUGGCGGACCCACCCUACCUGUCCGCCGACUGCCUCACGAAGACAUCGCUCACUAUUCGGUUCCUCAGUAAGCCAGAUGGUAAGGUUAUUCUGCUGACUGGAGCCGUGAUGGCAGACUUGGCAGAGAGGCUGCUUGGCACAAGGCCUCUCAAGUCUGCACCCCCAGUCCACCACUCCAACAACCUUGGCAACCCCUUUGUGCUCUACGCAAAUUAUGGGUUUGAUGAUGAUGAUGAUGAUGAUGAUGAUGAGGGGAAGGAGGAAAGAGAACGAAAGAAAAGGGAAGAAAUGAAGGAAGAGGAGGAGGAAGAAGAAAGGGAUAGAAAAGAAAGGGAAGGCAUGAAAGAGGAGGAGGAGGAGGAAGAAGAAAGAAGGGAAGGAGAAAAAGAGAAGAACGAUAGUUGAUUAUGGUCGUGAUUAGAUAUAAUUAACAUUAUUAUAAUAUUAUAAAUAUUGUUAUUAUUGUCUUGCCUCCUGCUUAUGGUUAGUACAGAGGAUGGGCUGUGACCCCCUCACUCACCCCUUCAGUAAAGUAUUCAAUGCUAGUAA